UUCUUUCAGUUUAUAACUUUUUUUUCACUUUCUCUAAAUUUCAAGCAUCCAUAAUCUGGUCGUUAUUUCAUUAAAAACUUUUUGUGCUAAAGCGUGUUUUGUACUGCUGUUCAUUUAAAAUCCUUGAUUAAGUUAAAUUGAAAUUCAUCUACUACACCAGUUUUUACUUUGUUGUUAUAGCAUAACUCUUCCAAAUAUUUUUAACAAUAUGGAUACUAAAAGCAAAAAAAUCGCGAAAUCAAGGAAAAUAAUUGUCGCUGUUGUCUCUUUUUUAAUUUGUUUUUUGCGAGAAAUAACUUUUAUAAAUGACUAUUUCAAUUUUUUUUGCCAAAAUUAACUUUUAAGAUUAUUUAUGUUUAAAGAGGAAUUAAAUUAUGAAUGAUUAAAAACUACAUGAUUUUGAAUCGACUCAAAGAUUUGUCAACAGUCAUUAUACGAAACCUGAAGCAAUAAGAAUAAAAGUGAUAUCAUGAAGAUUCCAAACAAAUAAAAUUUCAAUAUACACGCUUUUUAUUUAAAAGAAACCCGCUUAUGAGAAACCUGAGGCUCAAAAGUUGAAAAUAUUAAGGGCCACACAACUUUCGCGAUUUACGCUUAAAAUAACGACAUCAGCUUUUUUUAUUAAAAGUUUCUUUUUUUAAAUGUAAAAGUUUUUUCAAAUAUAUGAAUCUUUGAAAAGGUUGAUGAAAUUAUUUAAAUUUUAUUUUACUAGAACAAUAAAUAUUCCUCCUUCGUUGACAAGAAAGAUUUUUAAAAAUAAUCUAGAAAUGUAUAAAAAUAUAACUUCUUAUUCAAAAACCUAAUAUCAUUUUAAACAUUUAUAUGCUGCUUAUUGAAAAAUCAGAAUGUCCCGGUUACACAUCUUGAUAUGAGGCUAAAAGUAGAACACUUUGGUAUCAAUAUUUAAUAUAAUUUAAUAAUUUCAAACAUUUUAACCAUGGAAUAGAAUGGUUUGUGGAAGUUAUAGUGAUAACAGAAGCAGAUUACUUGACAUUUUCGAACUCGUCAUGGUUAAUAUGGUGACAAAAAAUGGAUAUUAUUACUGCAAUCAAGAAUCUAAACUUUAAGGUGGUAGCAGAAUUACUUGCCGCUCGAUUCCAACAAAAUGGAAACCGGAAGCAAUCCAAAAAAACUUCGAAGGAAAUCAUUCCCCUCCAUGUAGCUGCUGAGACAGGUUGCGUUGAAAUGUUAAAAAUACUCUUGCGUUAUGGUGAGGACAUUGACUCAAAAAACAGCGAAGGUGUAACUGCUUUACAGGUUGCUUGUCAACACGGUCAUUACGACGCUGUCAGAUUUCUACUACAGCAAGGUGUUAAGGUAAACAAUGAAGAGAAAAAUAUGUUAAAAGUAUCAUUAAACUUUGUCGGUGGUCAAUACACUAAAAUUAAAAAAUUGAUAACCAAAGCCGAGCAGGAAAAAGGCGAAACAGCAACAGAAAGCAGUGGAGCGGCAGGAAAUAGUGGUGCGGCAAACACAACUGCAAGUGAAGAUACCACAACGGAUAAGGUAAAAGCAGCAAAACCUGCUCAAACUAGUAGAGUUAGGUUUGAACGUAGAGAAAGACCAAUUCGACAAAGAAGCUUUGAUGCAGAUGCGUUCACCGAUCCACUUGACGAGUUAUCAGCCAGAAGAAGAGAAGCAUUGCUAAUUGACGCAGAAAAGAAAAAGGACCUAAUGGGUAAACGAAGAAGAUACACGCAACGAAAACAUAGUGUUGGAAGAAAGUUAUGAUUCUCGUAGGUAUUGUAAAAGAUGGAAAUACUUGGCUUAAAAAAUGAUGGAAAAAGCAAUAAUCUCGUUUUGCAGUUUAUCAACGAAACACUGUCAGGAGAAACCAUCGCCUGAGUUCAAUUGAUGUCAACAAGAAUUGAUUGCAGCCUACAGUAACUGUAUUAAACGCAGUAACAGAUGGGAUAUGAACUGCAAUAUUGCUGAAUUAAAAAAUCAGUCGAAAUAGAAUACUGCAAGUUAUUGAUAAUACGUAAUGAAAUUAUGAAGAACAUAUUAGAAAGUACUUAAUAAGACAGUCUGUACUAUUUUAAUAUUUUACUUGUUACAUAUUGAAAUUAUAACCACAUUGACUUAGCAACAGAAAGUUGACAGAAUUCUUUGUAAUUGCUGCCCAGUUACACAGUCUCAUAAAUAAAUCAAAGAAAACAACGUGUUGUCAUUCACGAUAUAUUUUCUCUUCAGCAAAGCAAGAAAGUCGCCAAGACG